GGUCAGCGGCCCCUGCUGCACCGGACUCGGUCUGAGGGGCCGAGGCUGAGGUUGGGCGGGCAGCGGCGGGCGCCUGGGGUAGGGGGGACCGGGGCCGGGGCCCGGAGCGGAGACGCCCGCGGCUAUGGGGGCCCUGACAAGCAGGCAGCACGCGGGCGUGGAAGAGGUGGACAUCCCGUCCAAUUCCGUGUACCGCUACCCGCCCAAGUCCGGAAGCUAUUUUGCUAGCCACUUCAUUAUGGGAGGAGAAAAGUUCGACUCAACUCACCCUGAAGGAUAUCUAUUUGGAGAGAACAGUGAUUUGAACUUCCUGGGGAACAGGCCAGUAGCGUUUCCUUAUGCAGCUCCACCUCCCCAAGAACCUGUGAAGACACUGAGAAGCCUAAUCAACAUCCGCAAAGAUACCCUCAGGCUAGUAAAGUGCGCUGAAGAAGUGAAAACCCCUGGAGAAGAGGUCAGCAAAGCCAAAGUUCACUACAAUGUCGAGUUCACAUUUGACACCGAUGCCCGAGUGGCAAUCACCAUCUAUUAUCAAGCCACUGAAGAGUUCCAGAAUGGCAUAGCCAGCUACAUCCCAAAAGACAACAGCCUUCAGUCAGAGACUGUGCACUAUAAGCGAGGAGUGUGUCAGCAGUUCUGCCUGCCCUCCCAUACUGUUGAUCCAUCUGAGUGGGCUGAAGAGGAGCUGGGGUUUGACCUGGACCGAGAAGUCUACCCAAUGGUUGUCCAUGCUGUAGUGGAUGAAGGUGAUGAGCAUUUUGGACACUGCCAUGUACUUCUUGCUACAUUUGAAAAGCACACAGAUGGCACUUUCUGCGUAAAGCCCUUGAAACAGAAGCAGGUGGUAGAUGGGGUCAGUUACCUCCUUCAAGAAAUCUAUGGGAUUGAAAACAAGUACAACACACAGGAUUCUAAGGUGGCUGAGGAUGAAGUGAAUGAUAACAGUGCUGAAUGUGUGGUGUGUCUCUCGGAUGUCCGGGAUACCUUGAUUUUACCCUGCCGCCACCUCUGCCUCUGUAACACCUGUGCAGACACCCUGCGCUACCAAGCCAACAACUGCCCCAUCUGCCGACUACCAUUUAGGGCUCUGCUUCAGAUUCGGGCCAUGAGGAAGAAAUUGGGCCCCUUGUCCCCAACCAACUUUAACCCCAUCAUCUCUUCCCAAACAUCUGACUCUGAAGAGCACUCAUCCUCAGAAAACAUUCCCUUGGGUUACGAAGUUGUAUCUCUGCUGGAAGCCCUAAAUGGGCCCCUUACACCAUCCCCGGCCGCUCCCCCACUUCAUGUUCUUGGAGACACCCACCUGUCAGGAAUGUUACCUUCUUAUGGCAGUGACGGACAUCUCCCCCCCGCGGUCAGAACCAUCUCCCCUCUUGACCGCCUCUCUGACUGCAGCAGUCAAGAACUCAAGCUCAAGAACAGUCUCUCCAAGUCCAUCUCCCAGAAUUCAUCCAUGCUGCACGAAGAAGAUGAUGAGCAGUCCUGCAGUGAAUCUGAAAUGCAUCUCUCCCACAGGCAGUCUCCUCAUCAGCUUGAAGAGGAGUGCGGUGCAACUCCAGAGAGUGAGAAUCUCACUCUAUCUUCAUCAGGAGCCAUCGGCCAGUCAUCUUGCACAGGGACCCCACUCUCUUCCACUAUUUCUUCCCCAGAAGACCCUGUCAGCAGCAGCCUGGCACAAUCUGUCAUGUCCAUAGCUUCUUCUCAAAGCCAGAACUCCCAGAUCAGCACUGACACAGUCUCCUCUAUGUCUGGUUCCUAUAUUGCCCCUGGCACAGAAGAGGAGGGAGAUGCUCUCCCAUCCCCACUGGCCGCCAGCGGAGCCCCAUCAGAAGAAGGCGAGUUGAUGCCCGUUGAGUCCCCAGAUACUGAUUUUAUCGGUGUCCCAGCAGAAGAGCAGGACGCAGAGGGGAACGAUGUGUUGGAAGAAGAGGAUGGAUCACCCACACAGGAAGAUGGCCAGAGGACUUGCGCAUUCCUAGGUAUGGAGUGUGACAAUAACAAUGACAUUGACAUCGCAGUCGUGAAAACACUCGACAAUAAGCUGUGCUCUGAGGUCUGCUUACCCGCCGAGGUUCCGGAAUCCUGCCCCAUAAACAUUGAGGAAUAGGCACCUGGCAGGUGGACAACAAUGCUAUCAGUUGCAGGAACAGCCAGUGCUGGCACUUGUCAUCAAGCAGCCUGGAGGACCCCGAGGACAAGCCUUGUAUAAGGGGCUCCAUGGCUGUCUGAAGAGUCCUAGCCCCUGUCACAGGGCUCUUUUUUCCAUCCUCACAUUCCAAUGUGCCCCCACUGGACUGCUGACCACCUGGGUAUUCCUACUGAGACCUGUGCGGACUUUUUAUAUUUCUGUGUAAAACUGGAUGUCAAGGUCAUUCUGCACCUUGCUCAGCCUCUCCUACUCCCUGGAUCUCCACUUGGAACAGACUGGAAGUCCCUCUACCUGGAGCUAGAGUCAAGUUGAUGAACUGUGGUUCAUCAUUGCCCCAUCUCCCCUGUUAGGUAGAACAGCAGGCUAUGUGCUGGCUGCCUGAUCUUUUUUCUCCUUAAGGUUACAGCAGGAAGGCUCAGAAAACUGGCUGCUUCACUUUCCUUUACCCAUGUUGCAUUAUCUGACCUCCAGCACAAUUAAACUACCUUGGCAACUUUGCUUUUUGGUUAGCUCUCAUCCGAGCAAAGCAGGAAUCCUGUACUAAGCUAUCUUGAAGCAGAUUCUGUACCUGUGCACUGUACUCUGAAAGGUGGCAUGCAGUGGGAUGGUUGAUUCUUUCCUCCCAUAGAAGUCUAGCUUUUGCUUCUUAUGUGCUCUGCCCUGUAGACAGGUCCACUCCCUUUAUAGGAAAGCUUGACAAUAAGUUCUCCACUGUUUGUGCCCUGGGCAAUAUGCAUGGAUGAAGAUCUGCUGACCUCCUCCCAGAUGGUGUGUAGUACUUACCAAUGUUUCUCAUACUAGUGACUUGGAGUCCUGGGGAAAAGAAUAAGGGUCUGAAGUAGAGUCUCAGAGAGCCGGAGGGGAGGCCUGUGGUAUCAGUGAAUUCACUGAGCUAUAAGACGGGAGUGAGCAGGCCUCCUCCACCUCCAGGGCUUCCCCUUUCCAUUCCUUCCUGCUUACCCUUAGCUAAUACUAAGAGGUACAAUGGAGGAGCAGAUCUGUUACUACAUGGAACAUGGAUUGGAAUACAGUUCAGGUCAAAUUAGGUGCUUUGAAACAUAAGUGCAUACAAUAAAACCCUGACCCAAAAAGGUUAGCCUCUAAGUCAGGUAUCAUUCCUAUCUCCCCAUCAGAGCUAUUUGGAGGAGUUCCGGAGAAGUGGUUGGUUAAUAGCAUUUCAAAGAGAGAUCAUAGACUUGUGGUAGGGGAAAAGGGAGCAGGGAAUGUGAAAAAAGUAAAGCUUCCACUGACAGGGCACAGGUGCCCUUGAGGAAUUUCUAUUUUCCCCAGGGGGAGCUCUCUUGUACUUUUGUGCUGGAAAGUCUAUGCAAGUCCAUGUUCCAAAAACCUGGCACCCUGAGAACCUCAACUCCCCUCUACCUUUCCCCAUGGUUUCCUGCCCCAGGAGAGAUCUGUGUACAACUGAGUGGUCUAACUAACUAUCCAUUCCCUGAGGUGUAAGAAGCCUAUCCAGGUGUGGAUCCAAACCAGUUUUUAUUUGUGUUUUUUCGCCCUAGUAUUCCUAAUUAUGGCUUGACAACUCAAAAGCCUUAUUAGGCUUUGUUAUUAAGGCAAGUGUUUUGAAUCAGUAAUUCUUAUCAUCCUCUAAAAGACCCCAGUAGAAGUGAAUUGGCUGGGGGGCGGCUAGGUGGUGCAGUGGAUAAAGCACCGGCCCUGGAUUCAGCAGUACCUGAGUUCAAAUCCGGCCUCAUACACUUACUAGCUGUGUGACCCUGGGCAAGUCACUUAACCCCCAUUGCCCCACAAAAAAAAAAAAAGAAGUGAAUUGGCUGGAAUGUCAGUCCUUUAUCUGGCCUACCAUUACUCUUGUUCCUAAAGCAAAAAUUAAAACAAGCAUCAUUAAGCAAUAAUCCCUUUUCUUGGGCCUAUACAAUCUGGGUGGUUACAUCAUUAAGCACACAGACCUACCCGGAGCAGUCACUGGGUAGUGUUAAACAGGAUGCUUGGGGGAGGAGAUGGGUGAGUGGAGACAACAGUUAAACAGUAGCCAAGGCAGCCAGGAACCUUAAACCAAAAUAAGUAUCCUCAUUCCCCUUACUGACCACCUGUGUCCUUUGAUGCUGGGGUGUCAGAAGCUACAGCUCAUCCCUCUGCUUCAAGUAGCCAGCCAGAAACCCGAGGCAGCGUCCCUGGAGGAAGGCAGUAGUAAUUCUUUCCUCGUUUCAAAACUGCCUCCCCACCCCCAACUGCAAAGAUGUAAAUGUGGUGGAAACAGCCCCUUAGCCCCUUCUUCUUGAGAUAGUUCCUCUUUUUUUUUUUUUCCCUAUUUGGAUACUUGGCAGGUAGUUAUCCCAUUCAAGAGGACCUGACGACAAAACCCAUCCUAUUAAGACCUGGGGCAGUUGCCAGCCUGACUUUGAAAUGACCACCCUACCCCCAAACAACAAUCCCAACAUCUUUUGCUUUGAACACAUCAGGGAUAAAGCCACAAUAUUUCUAAGAGAGAGAGGGAGAAAGGCAGGUCAAGAAGCCCCACCAGAGAGAGGCCCCUUCCCUCUUCUGGAAUGGAUCCAACUGGGGAAGAAGGGAGGUUCGGUGGGAGCCAAGUGAUAAGGGAUGGCUUGAAUAGGGUAAGCUAUGACAGCAAAGCACUCCCUUGCUAUAUACCUCGUUCUCUUCCCAUCCUAUUAUUUUCCAAGGAUGAAAUGGUUUUGAUUUGCUCACCUAGACAUUUUCUUCUUCCUUCCAUUCCCCCAACCCAGUUCUAUUCCACCUGCAAUCUCCACCAUUCUGGGAGCUUUUGAGCCAAAACUAGUGCAUGUCAGGCACUUUCAUAACACAGAAAGUAUCUUAUUUCAAAGUGAAGCUGGGGCUGGUGCAAAAGUGGCGUAGUGUUUCUUGGAGACUGCACACUUUGUGUGUGUGUGUAUGUGUUUGCGCGCGCGCACGUGCACCCUUACUGUUGGUGACAGUGUGUGCAUCCCCUGCUCCCUUCAGGGUGUACACAUAGCCCUGCUUCAGGUGCCACAUCAACAAUGCAAUGUUCUUGGAUUUGCUGCAUGGUUCUCAAAAGUGAAUAAAACUGUUUACAAGAGGAAGGGGCAGCUGGUG